GUUGAACUUCGCGUUAGCUGGGUUAGUGGCGCGGUAUAUUUUUAAAUUAGACGCCUUAACGUCCCGACCUAACUAACACACCGACUUACGACUUUUGUUUUUAUCGUGCUCUUUAUUUGAUUGUGUUUUAUUGCUUGUACUUAACUUGUGGUUUACCCUACUAAAAAUGGAUACUCUCGGAUUUUUAACGCUUCUGAGUUGCCUCACGCUCGCUUUCAGUAAAUUAGUCAUAGAAGAAAUCAGGGGACCAGAAUCCAUACAAAACGGCACAACUGACGUGGUGGUGCUAGAUUGCGUAUACGACGCCAAGCAGGAACCCAAUCUAGUGUUAAAAUGGUUUUUCAACUCCCCUUCCGACGUGAUUUACCAAUGGAUACCACCUUACCAACCAAAAACAAAAAAAUCGGAUAGCAACAUCGACACUCAUUUCAACGUUACCAGCGACAAAUCCACGAUGUAUCGUGCACUUAAAAUUAGCAACGUUGACACCAGCAUGACGGGAAAUUAUACGUGUAAAGUCAGCAGCGACGACAACGAAGCCUAUAUGACGAAACAGCUUAUAAUUUAUAUUCCUGCCAAGUCCGGAUUAGCUAUGGCCAUAUAUCCAGAAGAGUCAGCAGUCUCCUGUUCCACUUUUGGAGUAUUUCCAAAACCAGAAAUUGAAAUAACAGUUACAGGUAACGGUACCCACAUCAUAGACGAUGAAGAAAUAGUAGUAGAAGACGAAGAUGGUCUCUUCAACGUUACAAAAAUCUUCAGAUUUAAUAACGAGACAAUUGUCAACACAAUUAUGUUCACAUGUAAUAUGAGCAUACCCGGAACGGAGUACACCGAAGUCAAGUCUUUGAAUCAUUCUAUAGAAAAUUCAGCGAUUUCAUCAUAUUUCAGCCCCACACCAUGUGCUACAAUAUUAACAAUCCUACUAUUCUACUUAGUAAAGUGAUUAUUUUUAAUUUAAA